AUGCUCCUCCUAGGCCUCACCGGAUCUAUCGCAACCGGAAAAUCAACCGUCUCCUCCAUCCUCUCCUCACCCCCCUACUCCCUCCCCAUAAUCGACGCCGACAUCCUUGCGCGGCAAGUCGUCGAGCCCGGCACGCCAGGCUACAACGCAAUCCUCAAACACUACCUCUCCACGACCCCGGAUCUCUUACUCCAACCUUCGGAAUACGAUGUCGCGAAGUUCCCGCAUGGCGCGCCGUUGAAUCGUCCCGCGCUGGGAAGGAGGGUCUUCGGGGAUAGCGAGGAGAGAGUGAGGGAUCGGAAGGUGCUGAAUGGGAUUGUGCAUCCGGCUGUGAGGAUGGCGAUGUAUAAAGCGCUUCUCCGGUGCUAUUUGAAGGGUUGUUGGGCGGUGGUACUUGAUGUUCCGCUGCUGUUUGAGAGUGGUCUUGAUGUUAUCUGUGGGGAGGUUUUGGUGGUUGCUGUGAGCGAUCCGGCGAUACAGAUGCGUAGGUUGAGAGAAAGAGAUGCGCAUUUGACGCAGGAAGAUGCGGAGAAUAGGGUUAGGAGUCAGGGGGACGUGAGGGAGAAGGCUAGGAGGGCGGAGUUUAUGGGGAGGGAGGCGGGAAGGGGGAUCGUGGUGUGGAAUGAUGAGGGGAAAGAGGAAUUGAGGAGGGAGCUUGAUAAGGUGAUAUUGCAAUUGAAGGGCAGGAGUCCGAGAUGGUGGGCUUGGUUGUUGUUACUUUGUCCACCGCUUGCUGGGAUGGUGGGCUUGUGGAGUUAUUGGAGGGGGGCUGUCAUGAGUCGGAAAUGGGGACAGCACGAGUUACGAGAGCGAGCGAGGCUUUGA